GUCAAAAUGGCUGCCCCAAGGAAGCCCGCACCGCGCAGCUACUAAGGGUUGGGGAACAAGCUUCUGCGGGAAAGGGGGAGGGGGGCUCACGGAAGAGCCGUCGCCAGAACCGCAGGCAGGACUAUCGCCCCCAGAGCUGCACAGGUUCUCAUCACAGGCACCCUUUGACAUAACUUUUGAACUAUCUGGAAAAAUAUUGCCCAGAAAAAAAAUGAUAAAAUUUUUCCUCAUGGUGAAUAAACAAGGACAGACCCGACUUGCUAAAUACUAUGAACAUGUGGAGAUCAAUAAGCGUACAGUUCUGGAAACGGAAGUCAUAAAGAGCUGUCUCUCCCGAUCCAAUGAACAAUGUUCUUUCAUUGAAUUUAAGGAUUUUAAGCUGAUAUGUCGGCGGUAUGCAGCUCUCCUCAUUGUGGUUGGAGUUAAUGACACUGAGAAUGAGAUGGCCAUUUAUGAAUUCAUCCAUAACUUUGUGGAAGUGUUAGAUGAGUACUUCAGCCGAGUGAGUGAAUUAGAUAUAAUGUUUAAUUUGGAUAAAGUGCACAUCAUUUUGGAUGAGAUGGUGUUAAAUGGCUGCAUUGUGGAAACGAAUCGGGCAAGAAUUCUUGCCCCUCUACUCAUUCUCGAUAAAAUGUCAGAAAGCUGAAUGAUGGAAGGCUCUGCCAGACAACAUCAACCUGUAGAAGUGAGAAUACCAUGGAAUACCUCUCAACAUCUGUAGCCCAAAAAAUGUGGAAGACUGCACAUUGCAAAAUGGGGUGUCCUUCCAAAGACAUUUUAAAUAGGUGUUUUCCACAUUUCCUAAAUGGAAAACAAAGCUUUAUUUUUAAAUAUGGUAUUCAAAGAAAUAUUUUCUCUGAACUGCGAGACAGUUUUGUUUUCUAACCAUAAGCAUUUUUUCCCCACUUGUUCAAAUUUUGUUGAGUUCUGAAGGUAACUUUUGUUCUCUGCUUUCCUAUGCACAUUUAAUUCAGGAUUAGCAGCAUGGGAAGACCUGUGACAAUUAUCAGCCAAUAAAAUUUUAAACACACAUA